AUGCAAGCCUGCCACACACCACACAGGCAGGCAGGCCAAGCCACGUGCGGCAGCUGGUACAUGUACACUAAACGAGGCAUUAAAGAUGGUGACUACAUGGUUUCACAUUGGGGAAUAUGGGGACCAUGGUCUUCAUGUUCCCGGUCGUGUGGGGGCGGUGUUGCAGAACAAACUCGGCACUGUCUGAGGAGGCGAAUGGGUACCAUGGUGCUUACAGGUGCCAAUCAAUGUGUCGGUCUUUAUAAACAGUACAAAUUGUGCAAUACAAAGCCUUGUUCAGAAGAAAGUACUGAUUUUAGAAGAGAGCAAUGUGAGAAAUACAACCAUGAACCUUUUAUGGGAAACAUGUAUCAAUGGGAAACUUUCAUCAAAGCAUCUGCCCCAUGUGAGUUGAAUUGCCGUGCUAAAGGUCACCGUUUCUAUGUCAAGCUGGCAGAAAAAGUAGUUGAUGGGACUACAUGUGGGAUUGUCUCAGACAGAGCUAUUUGUGUGGAUGGCAUGUGUAAGCCACCAUCAAUUAAACUACAAGUAUGA